CUGACGGAGAAGAAGACGACGAAGCACACGCUCCCGUAGUCUGCGAUAUACACGCGUACAUUCCUGGACCGCUCUCAGUCUGAUCGGACCGAGCACCAAGGGCUACCCAAGAACAUGGGGGACGAGUCCGCCAUGUCAGGCGUGUCUGGGAUGUCCGGCAUGGAGCCAGGACCAGGUGGGGCACCUGGUGCUGGGGCACCCACAGCAGAGGGCAUCGUAAAAAAGAUGUCUACGUACUGGUUCUUGAUUGGAGCGGUACCACUCGUGUUGUUUCUCCUCGUUGCCAUACCAAAUGUUCUCAUCGUUCACCAUGCCUCAUCUUACGUAAACGCGUUCUACUGCAACACACCCGCCUGCGCGCAGAUGGCUGGCUACAUCGAAAAGGCUGAAAAAGGCGCUAAACCUUGCGAUGAUUUCUUUGCACACGUCUGCGACGCCGUCGACAAGGAUAUCUCCAUGGAUGAUGCUUUAGUACACAGCUACGACCAAAAGAACCUGAACACUGACAAAGACGCUUUUAAAGCAACUCCUCCACAUAUUGCCUCUUUCAUCGGACAGCAACCUAUUACCAGAAACUGUGAUAGUAAAUCAAUCGCCGUGAUCGUGAAAUGGCUUGAAAGCUUGAGCUUCUCGAAGGUGAAAACUAUCAAGACACUACCAGCAGCAUCAAAACCACCCUACAGCUUCCCCUAUGUUCUUCCCUUGUCUGGCCCUCCCCCCCUAAGUUUUGAAAAAGCUUUGGUCACGGCGCACCAGUAUGGCGUCGACAUUUUCUACCGCCUGUCCCUGGUACAUAGUCCGUGGAAAGACGUGGGCGCCGGCAUCAACUACCCCCAGCCAGCCACAGUGGAAAUUGAAAUUAGCGCACCAAGCGAAGAGUUCGAUGCAAUGCAUCUAGCACAAACUAAGAAACUGACCCCUACCAUAAAAGCUGUGCUGGAGAAAAUGCUUCGUGCGGCAACCGGGAAAGGGAUUAAUGAUGUAACAGAAGCUAAUACUCUGGCCAAUGCGAUUGAUGCGUUCGACAAGUCCCUAGAGCCGCUCAUCGCCAACUCGACGGAUUUCGAUUCCAGAGCUGCGCCCGUGGUUUGGACCUUAGAUGAACUGGCUAAGAGCAACAUAGAAGGAGCGACGAAAGGAGGCCCCGUCGAACUAAACCUCGCUAGUUUCAUCAGUUCUGUCACCGGCAAAAAAAUCGAAAGGGUAAUUGUGAGACAUCCGAAGUACGUGGUAGGCCUUGCAGACAACAUGAAACAAUUCAUGGCUAAGCAUUCGGGUACAACGUUGCCCAGCAAGGACUUUCUUUGGAACAUUUUCGUCACUUACAUCGGCAUACGAAUGGUUUUGGGCGUGUUUGGGAUGCAGAGUGACCUAACCGGUGUCAAACUGGACUCUCCGGCAGCAAAGUACUUUUGCUAUUACCAGAUGGACGCCCUGAUACCCACUUUGUUCGCCUCUGUCGUUGAACCUGCAAUAGCGAAGCGUUGGACAGCCUAUAAUGGGAUCUUAACAUACGACGCCAAAAGACGAGCACCCUAUGCAGCACCGUUAAAACCUCAUGCCGCGGUACGGAUACUGGUCGAGGACGUGCGUGAUUCAAUAGCAAAAAGCUUUGCGUUGUCGACGACGUCCAACGAGAAGUCUCGGAUGAACUUGUACCUCAAGCUCAAGUCAAUGAAUCUGGUAGUGUUCUAUUUGAACACUACAGGUGACAAGCAAGACCUGUCUGCGUUCGAGACGGAGAUCGACGGCGUAGCUGGCGGCAAAGCUACGGACGAUGGAGUUCCAAAGAUGCGAAAGAAACUUAUGGAAGCGUACUGGAAGAUCGCCUCGAAGAACACGCCUGCACUACUCGCUGAUCCCGGAUUUCUUCAGACUUCACUCUUCAAACACAGACUGAUGGCCACACGAUUAUUCGGAGCCUACAGCUACGGCACUAACUCAUUAUAUGUUUCCCCUGGGGUAUUCUCAACGUUGCACUUCAAAGACAGCUACUCAUUCAUGCUUAACUACGCACGAAUAGGAUACUUCGUGGGAAGAAACAUGCUCAAGGCCCUUGAUCAGAGAGGGGGAAACGUGUAUCCCGGCGUUCAUCUGCCUGGAGACUGGAGAGGCUCUCACACAGCAAAGAAGUUCGUUGACGUACUUGAGUGUUUUGCCCUGAAAAAGCUUCCAGUCGGAUCGUUAUACGAUACAGUCAUGGACUCAAUAGCUGUGUCACCAGCUCUCAGGUACUACCGGACGAUAGCGCUGCAGCGAGCGUUUCCUCAGCCGGAAUAUCGUUUGGAUAAAGUAGAACCAGUUUCACAAAAUGCGCUCUUUUUCUACGGCAUGAUGACGCCUCUAUGCGAGCUCAAAACAUCGCUCGAUUUCACGGGGGCCAAACCGGGGUCUUUCCCGGCGAGAGUGAACGUAAUGCUUUCUGGUGACAAGUAUUUCCAAGAGACCUUCUGCAAGGAGACACCUGGGAAACUCGCCAGCGACAUGAAGGCACUGCUCGGGACCAGUGAUAAACCAGGAUGUUACUUCUGGAAUAGUACAAGAAAGAACUAUUAAAGGUCCGACACUGUA